GGGAACUUGUGAGCUUUUAAAUACUUCUGUAUUCUUUGUUAUUAUUGAACUUCAAGAACUUAAAUAAUAAACAAUAAUAAAAAAAACAGUUAUACAUAUUCGAUCAAUCACAUUUCUUUUAUUUGUGUGUGUGGAUAUUAAUAUAAUAUAAUAUUUUAUACUUAUUGUUAAAUUUAUUUAAUUUAUUACAUAUUUUGUGUUCAUUGAUAUGUUGAUAACCUCAAAGAAGUAGAAGUAAAAUAAUAUAACAUUUACAUAUAUAUAUUAUCUCUCUUUAAUAAAAUUUAAAAUAUUUUAAAUAUGCAAGAUCUAAUUCAUCCUAGUUAUUAUCAUAUGGAAAAAUUAGGUUGCGUUGACCCUAUAAAAAUUUCAAAUGCAUUUUAUGUAUAUAUGCAAUUAUGCGAAGCUAAGAGAUUUUGGUACGUGGAUUAUAAAUAUAAUCAGGAUCUAGAUUUACUUUAUUUAGAAACUAAAAGAAGUAAAAAUUCAAAUCUUGAAAUUUAUGUACCAUGGCCUAUAUCAUAUUCAUUAACCAUAGAUCUAAUUGAAAAAAUACAGCAGAAAUUAGAAACAGAACGAAUAACAUUUGUAUUUAAAUCUCCGGACAGUACUAGCGUCUUUUAUAGUGUUAGUAAUGGUCUUGUAAAACCGGUGUCUCCAGCAAUGAGAAAACUAUUAAGAGAAAAAGAAGAGAAAAGAAUAGCAUUGGAAAAAAAUAUCAAGAAAAAUACAACUAAUUUAUACGAAUUAGCAAAAUCUAUAAACACAGAAAAUAAAAGCAUUGAUCUUCAAAUGACAGAUAAUAGCGAAAUUAAAAAUGAUGAACCGAUUGAUGAAACUUCAUCUGUAAUAGAAGUAUAAUUUGAAAUACUUAAGUAAUUUCUUUAUAUUUUAAUAUGUAUAUAUCUAUUUAAAUCUUUCGAUACUCUACUGGUGACUAUAGUUAUGCAAUGUUUGAGACUCAUGACGUACUACCAGUGAAUAUAGUCACCCAACAUUAUAUGCUCACUGUAUAUUAACAGUAAUUACAAUUAUUCAAUGUCAUGUCUUCGCUGUAUACUAAUGGUGAUUUUAGUCACCUAAUAUCAUAUGGUUACUGUUUACUAACAGUAACCAUAGUCAUCCAACAUCAUUGAUAUUUUGCUUCGGUUUACUAUUUUUAAGAUCUGAAUGUCUUAGAAUGCAUUACAUUAUAAUAUCCUAUCUUUUAUCUACUUUGUAAUAGAAUGUACAUUUGCGUUGUGACUGGCUCGUAUAGUAUUACCUUAUUCAUGAUGCAAAUAUGUGUACAGCGAAAGCAUACUCGCGAAUAACAUAGUCAUAUCAAAAAAGUUAAAUAUAAAUAUAUGGUCUUCCAUAAUUUGUGUCAUAUUUCUUUUCAAUAUAUUGUCUGAUUUCUUGCAUAAAAAAAGUAGAAAAUUUUUUCAUUGAAAAUCGACAAGAUGAAGAUAAAUUGAUGGCAGUAAUAAUCAAUAAAUUAUUAAAUAAAUAAAUUACUUUGCAAAAUUAUUAUGGUGAUUUAAAUUAAUUUUAAAAUAUGACAGAAAUUAUUCAACAACUUAAUUGAAUUAAACUUCUUUAAUGUGUUCGCUAUUAGUAUCAACUAUCUGUGAUAGACCAAUUUUUGUUUAAUUUAUAUAUUACAAUAUAAAUAAGAUAUAUUUUUUUUACUACUUUCCCUUUUUUAUGGGUUUGAGGGAAUUCUUACAUCUUUGCACAAAGUUUUCCAAAGUAAUCAUCUAAUUAAAUACCAAUUCUAUGUCCAUCGUUGCUUAACUUCGAUAAUCCAAUGGGAAAUAGUUUUUUUAAUUUUUUCAAUAAGGCAAGACUAGCCAUUGAUUAUAAAUGAAAUGUUAAAUAAACAACACAA